AUGAGCACGUUAGUGGGAUCUUCAAGGGUGCGGUUGGCCAACAGGGCCACCGCCGCCGCCGUAGCGCGGGCGCUAGGCGCCCGCUUCUACAGUAACGGGGAGAAAACGCUUAAGGAGCGGUUUGCGGAAAUUAUCCCGGCCAAGAUCGAAGAAGUGAAACAACUUAAGAAGGAUUACGGUACCACGGUGAUCGGUGAGGUGCAAUUGAACCAAGCGUACGGUGGAAUGCGUGGAAUCAAGGGACUCGUGUGGGAAGGUUCCGUGCUGGACCCCGAAGAGGGAAUCAGGUUCCGGAACCGCACCAUCCCUGACAUCCAGAGGGACUUGCCCAAGGGCGCCGGCGGCAGUGAACCGCUACCAGAGGCUUUGUUCUGGCUCUUGCUCACGGGCGAGGUCCCCACGGAGGGUCAGGUUAAGGCCCUUUCCGCUGAUCUAGCGUCUCGGUCCGAGCUUCCCGAGCACGUAGCGAGUCUGUUAGACUCGCUUCCUCGCGAUCUGCACCCAAUGGCGCAGUUCUCGAUCGCGGUGACCGCGCUCGAGAGCGAGUCUAAGUUCGCCAAAGCGUACGCACAAGGCGUGUCCAAAAAGGACUACUGGAACUACACGUUUGAGGACUCGCUGGACCUUGUCGGUAAACUGCCCGUGAUUGCGUCCAAGAUCUACCGGAACGUGUUCAAGGACGGCAAAGUCGCGCAGGUGGACCCCAAUGCGGACUAUGGUAAGAACUUGGCCAACCUGCUGGGGUUCAAGAACGAGGAGUUUGUCGAACUCAUGCGCUUGUACUUGACGAUCCACUCGGACCACGAAGGCGGCAACGUUUCCGCACACACGACCCAUUUGGUCGGCUCGGCGCUUUCGUCGCCGUACCUGUCGUUUGCCGCGGGUUUGAACGGUCUUGCCGGCCCGCUACAUGGCCGUGCCAACCAGGAAGUGCUCGAGUGGUUGUUCAAGCUACGUGAGGAGGUUAAAGGUGACUACUCACGUGAAACCAUCGAGAAGUAUCUAUGGGAGACUUUGAACGCAGGCCGCGUCGUGCCCGGUUACGGGCACGCCGUGCUGCGUAAGACCGACCCACGUUACAUGGCGCAACGUCAAUUUGCACUCAAACAUUUCCCAGACUACGACCUGUUCAAACUCGUGUCUACAAUCUACGAAGUCGCACCAGGUGUGCUUACGAAACACGGUAAGACCAAGAACCCUUGGCCCAACGUUGACUCCCACUCGGGUAUCCUAUUGCAGUACUACGGACUCACAGAGGCGUCGUUUUACACGGUCUUGUUCGGAGUCUCAAGAGCUCUCGGUGUACUGCCUCAACUGAUCACGGACCGCGCGUUGGGUCAGCCCAUCGAGCGGCCCAAGUCCUUCUCCACCGAGAAGUACUUGCAAUUGGUCAAGUCGAUCAACGCGCGCAAAUAG